UAGCAUGAUGAUUUUGGCAUUUGAAGGAUCUUUGACAGGUGAUUUUGCAGGAUUUUAGAUGAUCAUUAUGACGUUAUGGUUCAUUUCGGGGUUUUUUUGCAGUAGGGCCAUAGAAACAGGAUGAUUUUGAAAAACAGAAGGAUCUUUGAAUAGAGUUUUUUUGCAGCGGAUCCUAAAAAUCAGAAUGAUUCUGUCAUAUAAAGGAACUUUAUAAAGGAAGGUUUUCCACUGGGUGGUUGUGCUUCUACACGAUGGCCAGCAGAGGCUGCUGUUGGACACGACACGAUGUUAACUAUUGUCAAUAAUUACAAACUAGUCAAAUAUACUCUAAUAAUUUGUCCUUAAACAAAAUCCGCCUCUUAAAAGGCACACAAUGUGCUAAAAAGCACAAUUUCUGUAUUUAAAAUGAAAUGAAAACUUAAAAAUAUCGCUAAUGGCUAGAAACAGUUCUGAGCGGUCAAGUUAGCAUAAUUGGCACUGUUGCUUGUGAGCCUUCCUUUCCCAUAAUGCCUUGCGUAUGAUCCAAUUCGCUCGUGUUUUCCCUUAUAGUCGCAUUUUUGCUACAAGUACUGUUUUGGAUAAAACUUAAUAUUAGUAUACAAAUCUAAAACAAAAGUGAACGUUAGAUAUUAAAUAUGAUUAUAGAUAUUUUGAUGCUCCUAACUGGAUGAUGUGGAUUUACUUGGGAAUUCGCAACGUUUUAAUGAAAGAAUGUUGAGAAUCUUUCCUUCUGGAAAGUCAUAUGACCGAUGACGGCACGCGCAUGCGUUUAAAUAUAUUUUAUAAAAGCCACAAAUAUUUGGACAUCUCAAUGUGGUCGAGAUUGACUUUUUAAGUUAUUGUCUUCACGUUGAAGGUUAUCUUCGUGGUUCCUGGAAGGUUCCAUGUUGGAUAAAGACUUAAAAACAAAAAAAAAGUGAAUCAAAUCAGCGCUCAUGAUCCGCUGUCGGCUCGUGUUGACUCCACGCUGCAAAAAGUGAUCCCAUGUUACCCGUUAAUGUGCUGUAAAAAGCAACAACCUUCUCCCAGGGCUGCCAUUUUAAUUUUUUUAUUUUUUGCAGUGUACACGUCACACUCUCAAAUUCCUCCCACUUUUUGUUGCCUCCCUGUCCAACAUCACUGACACACUUGAGGCACCGCUUCGCCUUCAAACUUUGAGGACCCCCAAGUCGUGAUGACGGGAUUUCGACUCAACGUGUCCCCUCUAAAGGAGCCUCUGGGCUUCGUCAAACUUGUGGAGUGGCUGACGGCCAUAUUUGCAUUUGGAAGCUGCGGAGGCUUUGCGGGCAGGAAUAUCCUGUCUAUCUUCUGCGGCGACGGCAGGAACGAAACACUCAACGCCAACUUUCACUACCCUUUCAGGUUAAGCCAGGUGCCGCUCAUCGAAGGAAACACCACCAUAUGCAACCACUCCGUCAGCACCACAUACAUGACGGGGGACUCCUCAUCCUCGGCGGAGUUCUUCGUGGGCGUGGCCAUCGUCUGCUUCCUGUACAGCAUGGCGGCCCUCUUGGUGUAUUUAGGCUACAUGCACGUGUACAAGAACUCUGACUUUGGACCCAUUCUGGACUUUGUGAUCACGGCCGCCGUCGUCUUCUUGUGGUUGGUGUGUUCGUCCGCCUGGGCCAAGGGUCUUCAGAACUUGAAGGACGCCACGGACACGGAGGGCAUUGGCGCCACCGUGGCACUCUGCAAGGGGAACAACAUCACCUGCGAGGUCACCGAGUUCGCCAACCUACGGACGCUCAACAUCUCUGUGGUGUUUGGCUACCUCAACAUGUUUGUGUGGGCCGGUAACGCCUGGUUCGUGUACAAGGAGACGCGCUGGCACUCUCAGAAGAUCUCUACCCAGCCAGGACCCGGGAGGCAGCAGGUUCCGGCGGCCAUCUAAAAUCACACGCGAGCAAACCUUAGCUUGUAGGUGAAUUUUAUACCCAUUCUAAAAACAUGCAGCAUUUCUCCCUGAUGAAUAUUAGAAUAUCAGAAUGUCACUUUCUUAAGAUACUUUUUUUUUUUUACCCAUGUGACGCUUCAAUGACCAAAGAAGUUCAGGGUCCAAAUAAUUUCACUUGAAGGUACUUCACCCCACUCCCUGCGUCAAAAAAGGCCAAACUUGAUUAUAUCGACGCAUAACAAUUCCUUAAUCUUGUUUUUUUUUGUUUUGCACACAUUAUUAUAACUCCAUCUGAGUGCUUUCACUCACCUUUGUCGCCCUCUAGCGGUCAUAAUAUGAAGAGAAAGCUCAGGAUGGUUUUCCCACCCAAUACAUACCUGCUUGUUUUUUAUGAAGGAGUUUUUCAACUAUGGAGAGAUCUUUUCAACCUUGUGCACAAUGCAUGCGUCUUGCACAACCAGAACCCUCCUAUAAUUCACAUAAAAUGGACAGCACGAAGAGGCUUAAGGAAGUUGCAGAAUUUAGUCGUCUUUACAUGCUUUAUUACUUUGGCAGCACCCCCCCCCCCUUUUUAAAGCUGAAAUCAGUGAUUCUUGUUAGUUUAGAUUUGCUUAAAUGAAUAAAAACUAACAUGUAACUGUUAUUCCUAAUGAGACGGGUCUCCACAGGAGGUGGGGAGUUGUGCCGUGAGUAAUCUUUCUUUCUACACAGUCGGCAAGGAAAUAUCUCCGGUGUUAUUUCCGCUCCAUUACUUAUGGAUGAAGACGCUGAAGAGGCAGAAUGUGGAAUAGAAAUCUCACGCAGCUAGCGGAUAUUUACUCGGUACAAAUUAAACACUACGACAAUCACUGAUUUCAUCAUUAAAGGUUCAAAAUAUUCCCAUGCCAUGUUACAUGCAGUAUAUGUCUCUCUGUUAGUCUUUUUUUAAUGUAGUGAACUAGUGUUUUAUGCUUGAUUUGAUCCUAUUUAGAUGGCCGUUGAAGGUGUUUUCCGUGUCUUUUGUGCAGGUAAUGUAAGAAUGUAAGUAGAUGGAUGUCAGAUGAGGUGAAAUGAACAGACAGGCAGGAUGUGUGGGGGUGUACUGGUUAUGCCGUUGCACACAGAUGCUGUGUCUUUAAUGAAUCCUUUACUUUUACAGACAUUUCAUUCAAUGUCAACUGCAGGAACAUCCUCUAUUAAAAAAGCCAAAUGUAAAUUGUGUUUUUUUAAAAUAAAAUUGUAAAAAAAGA